AUGGAGACAUCGCACGUGGCUUCUGAUCGGGCAUCGAUUCGACUUGGCCAGCAUUCCUCGUCGCAUUCCGCGUCCGAUGUGGGCUGCAGCCGGGUACGGUGCACCGGCGCCGAAACUAGUUUGGUCGGCGUGUUGACUCUGUGCACGGACAGGUUCCGCGUAGUGGUCUCGCGCAAAGCGAUACGGUAUCGCUACGCAGACGGGAAUAGUCGCUUCCCUGGCCUGGCCGUCGUCCAUAUCCGAUGGCGAGCGAGGGAGCUCAACUCGCCAGGCGCCGUAACGCGACUUUCGGUCCUAUUCCGACGCAAUAAGGUCGGACUCAGGCCGCGCCGCGAAGCGUGGUACACGUACGCCGGGACGGAUAUAAGUCGUACGCAGGCCCUUGCGCAACGUUCGGCCGCCGAUGAGCCCGUGACGUCAGUCGAACGCCCCGGAAGGCGGGCCGAUGGGACCACUGCGAGAGCACUGCGG